CUGCGAUGCCUUUUUACACUUAAAGGCAUAUCAGAGAACAUUAUAUCUUCAUUAACAUAAUUUUGAUGAAAUUUGAAUGAUAAAAUUGAGAAAAAAUUAAAAGAGUGCGAAUAAGUAUUAUAAACAAAUAGAUAUAGAAUAAUCGGGGAAAAGAAGUGCUAAAAUGAAGGACGCGAACAGGACUCCACAUCCAAACGACGAGAGAAGUUCAGCGAACAACUGCAAUGGUCAAAUACGACAGUUUUAUGCUGGCAAGCAUGUAUUACUUACAGGAUGCACCGGUUUUCUGGGCACCGUUGCUGUGGAGAAAAUCUUACGCACGUGUAAAGAAAUUAGCAAGCUUUACAUCAUGAUUAGGCAAAAGAAAGGCAAAUCGGUAGAAGAACGGAUAAACCAUUUCUUUAAAAAUGACAUAUUUGAUAAAUUGCGCGAAAUGAAUCCUAACUUUAUGGAAAAGAUCGAGGUGAUUUACGGCGACUUGGAGAAAGAGGACUUAGGCCUCUCACCAGAGGAUCGUCGUCGUCUCGUGGAGAACGUGAAUGUAAUAAUUCAUAACGCAUCGAUGGUGAAAUCGAAUGAACCACAAGUAUACAAUUAUGCAAGUUCCGAUUGGAAUCCACUUAAAGUCUUUGAAGGAUCUGCACAGGGUAUAGAAAUUCUACGUAAGAAUCCUUCGGUUAAUGAG